GAGUUAUUCUUCAUCCAAUCCGAACAAAAAAACAACGUGUAUCUAAAUCGCGAAAAUGGCCUCUCUCCGUUUGAUCCUCGCCCUCAUAGCCGUGGCUUCCCUCUCUUGCUCCCAUCUUGAGGCCUUUCCAGCCUCCGGGGAUGGUGGCUACGUCUACACGAGCCUCAUCCCCGGGUUCUACGACUUCUCAUGCCCACAAGCCAAUGAGAUCAUAAUGUCAGUGCUGGAAAAGGCCAUUGCUGAGGAUUCAAGAACUGCUGCCUCUUUGCUCAGGCUCCACUUCCAUGACUGCUUUGUGCAGGGCUGCGAUGCAUCGGUGUUGCUAGAUGGUGGGGCGAGUGAGAAGAACGCGCGGCCAAACAAGAACUCACUGAGGGGAUUCCAAGUGAUUGAUGAGAUCAAAGCAAAACUGGAGCAAGUCUGCCCCCACACAGUGUCAUGUGCAGACAUUCUUGCUCUUGCUGCAAGGGAUUCUGUUAUCCUAAGCGGCGGGCCACACUGGGAAGUGGCGUUGGGGCGGAGGGAUUCAACAACGAUGAGCCUCACCAAAUCCAACUCCAACAUCCCUGCUCCCAACUCCACCAUCCACACACUCGUGGCCAAGUUCAAGCAACAAGGCCUCAACGAGCAAGAUCUCGUUGCUCUUUCCGGAGGGCACACCAUUGGAAUGGCGAGGUGCACGGCGUUCAGGCAGAAGCUGUACAGCAAACCGGAUGUGACUCUGUUCAACAGCGGCCUCAGGGCGGUAUGUCCUAAGGUGGGAGGCGACAACAACUUAUCGCCUCUGGACAUCUCGUCCCCACGGAGAUUCGACAACACCUACUUCCACCUCUUGUUGGAAGGGAGAGAGCUGCUCACUUCGGAUCAAGUUUUGCUGAGUGGAAAUGUGAGGAAGACCAUGGAUUUGGUGAAGAGGUAUGCUGAAGAUGAAGCUCUUUUCUUCCACCAAUUUGCCAAAUCUAUGGUGAAGAUGGGAAGCAUUAGUCCUCUUCUUGGUGUGCAUGGUGAAAUCAGGAAGAAUUGCCGCAGAAUCAACUCAAAUUAAUUAACUUAUUGUAUCUUUCUUUUUUUUUAACAUAAUGUAUGGUUAUUACUUAGUUGUGUGAGGAUGUGAUUGUGAUUCAUGCAUGCAAUUUGUCAAGAACUACUAUUGGAGUAUUAAAUAAAUCUUGUUUAUCUA